CGUCGAGCAGUCGGACCGAGCUGCAGUUCCACAAACCAAAAUGGCGUCGCGGGAUGAAUCGGUGAGGGAGUUUGUUGCAAUUACUGGUGUUGAAGAUGAGAGAGCCCGGUUUUUCCUCGAAUCAGCUGGCUGGGAUUUGCAGCUUGCCCUUGCCAGUUUCUUUGAGGAUGGAGGAGAUGAUGAUAUCGUUACCCUUCCUCAGUCAAAAAGUGGCCUGGGCCCUCGAUCCACAGGACCAAGUGAACACCGAGUGACUUCCUUCAGAGACUUGAUGCAUGAAGAUGAAGAGGAGAGUGAUGAAGAGGGCCAGAGGUUCUUUGCUGGUGGUUCAGAACGCAGUGGUCAGCAGAUUGUUGGUCCACCCAAGAAGAAGAGCACAAAUGAGGUGGUUGAGGACUUGUUCAAGGGUGCUAAGGAGCACGGGGCCGUUCCAGUUGACAGAGUGGGCAAAGGGCUUGGAGAGUCUAGCAAAGCGAGGGCAUUUGUAGGAGGUGGUUAUCGUCUGGGUGCAGCACCAGAAGAAGAGUCUGCCUACGUGGCUGGAGAGAGGAGAUCGUCUAACAGUACGCAAGAUGUACAUGUGGUUCUGAAGCUGUGGAAGACAGGAUUCAGCCUUGAUGACGGAGAGCUCAGAAACUAUAGUGAUCCUGGGAAUGCUCUCUUCUUGGAGUCCAUCCGCAGGGGGGAGAUUCCUCUGGAGCUGAGGCAGCGCACUCGUGGUGGGCAGGUGAAUCUGGAUAUGGAAGACCACCGGGAUGAAGACUUCACCAAACCCAAGCCUACCUUCAAGGCUUUUACUGGAGAGGGACAGAAACUGGGCAGUGCCACUCCAGAGUUGGUAUCUGUCCCAAGAAUGGACCAGGUUGCGAGUGAGGCCCAGGCCUGUGCAUCUAUCAGUGUGGAUGAGUCUCAGCCCGUCACCAACAUUCAGAUCAGACUGGCUGAUGGAGGACGACUGGUGCAGAAGUUUAACCACACCCACAGGGUCUCUGAUAUACGCCAGUUUGUGGUGAACGCUCGGCCAGCCAUGGCUGCAGUGGAGUUUGUCCUCAUGACGACUUUCCCCAACAAGGAGCUGACAGACGAGAGUCAGACACUGAAGGAGGCAAACCUGCUGAACGCGGUCAUUGUGCAACGGUUAAAGUGAUGGUGCCUUUUAGUGGUUGUUUUAUCACAGCACUCGGAGUUUCCUACUCAACAGGAGACGCAUGGACUUGAGGACUUCUCAUUACUUAAUUUUUUUUUUCCUUAGUGACAUUUUUCCUCUUUUGGCAGUUUUGUGAUGUGUACCUUUUUGGAUUUGACAGAAUGGAGUUGAGGAAAAAUAAAAAAAAUAAUAAUAAUGCCUGUGAGCUGCUUUAAUGGAAGGAGAGAAGAAUGGAGUUCAUGUUUCCCAACAAAAUUUACCAUUUAAACAUACUAGGAAACACUUCCAAAUUGAAAAUAAAGAGCUUUCUAAAGAGUUUUCACCUCGAUAUUUUUACCUCAGUAUUUCUUAAGUAGUUCUACUGUUUUUCUUGUACCUCUUCUCAAGGCAAUCUAUCAUCUCUCUCACCAAACUCAUAAUGCCUUUCGCCUUAUACCCCAACACCCACUCCGGUGAACUUCAAAUUUAAUUGCAGCUACUCAGAAAAAGUUUCAAAUAUUUUUUCUAUUGCUUUUUCCUUUCAAUAAGAAAUCUGAUGGUUGUUAACACUAAAAUGGUUUAUUUUGAAUUGACAACUGCACCUUAUUCAUUUUGUUGCCUGAUUAUAUGCUAGCAAGAUAACAAAAUAGCUGGUUGAGAGUCGACCACUUGCUCUGCUGCUACACAUUGGCAGCUAUGUUGUAUUCUAUGCAGCCACUUGUAGAACUGGAGCCAGUGCGUGGUUGUGUGGAGAUGUGGUAAUUCUGUGAUUAAAGUCUCUGUCUACCA